AGCUAGCUAGCGAGCUCGGCGGGAGGAGGGACAGCACGGCAAGGGCACGGCAACAGCAAGGAGUGAAUAUUGAGUGAUGUUUACAAAAUGUUUAAUAACAGUACCCAGAAAAAAUGUUGGAUUUUUCACAGUGAAGAAAUAUUAGAAAAUAUGAGAAACGAAGCCAAUCAUUCUUUUCAGACCAAACUUCUGGCAAGUGUAACGAUUUCUCCAAAUGAUUCUCUACCAUUGUUGGAACCUCAUGAAGAAAAAUUGUUACGCAAAUACUAUGAAAAACGAUUAUUGGAUUUCUGCUCUGCAUUUAAACCUUCCAUGCCCAAAUCUGUGAUGGGAACAGCAAGUAUGUAUUUCAAGAGAUUUUAUUUAAAUAACUCCUUAAUGGAAUAUCAUCCCAGGACAAUUAUGUUAACAAGUGUAUAUUUAGCAUGUAAAGUGGAUGAAUUUAACGUCUCCAGUUCCCAGUUUGUUGCUAAUCUGUGGGAAAGUCCUGCGGCCCAAGAGAAGGCUCUGGAACAAAUCCUCGAGUAUGAACUGUUGCUAAUUCAGCAGCUGAACUUUCAUCUUAUUAUCCACAACCCCUUCCGACCUUUUGAGGGAUUUCUUAUUGAUCUAAAGGCCCGAGACACAGCAUUUGAAAAUCCAGAAGUUUUGCGAAAAACAGCAGAUGAAUUCCUUAGCAGAGAAACUAUGACUGAUGCUGGUCUCCUUUUUACGCCAUCACAAAUAGCCUUAGCAGCCAUCCAUUUCAGUGCUUCCAGAGUUGGCAUUAAUAUGGAUAGUUACUUGAUGGAAUGCCUCAUGUUAAAAGAUAACAAAGAAUGUUUGUCAAAAUUGAUUGAAGCACUCAGAAAUGUAAAAGUCCUGGUGAAGAAGUAUGAUCCUCCAAAACUUGAAGAGGUUAACGUUAUGAAACAGAAACUUGAACACUUUCACAGCUUAGAUCUUGGUAUCGGUACAAAUUUCAGGAAGAGGAAAGGAUACAAGGAAGAUGAUGUACUCGCUAAAAAAGCAAAAGUGGAAGAAGAGGAAUGGAGUGAUGAUGAUCUAAUUGAUACCAUGUAAAUACUGCUCGGCAUACAUUUUGACACUGGUCGUGGAGGAGCAGCUGCAGUUCUUCUCUAACUUGCUGCUUAAUCUGUAAAAUCGAUUAUACAAAACCGAUCAAAUUGAAUGAGUUGCAUCUUUCACUGGAAGAGACGUAACCCCAAUAUUUGAAAGGACGACUAAAGCUGCAGACCACGGAAAGAUCCUCUGCCAAUUUAAUAGUCUAUUUUUUUUACCUAAACUAUCGGAAAUCUUGAAAGUAUGCAAAGAAAUCAGACGCAAGUUUUAACGAGGGCACAUUGAGACUGAUCUGACUGUAUGAAACCUGUUAUGUGGAAGUGAGUUCGUGGAAACUGAAAUAAAACUUGUUAAUUCAUCCUUUCUCCAAAAUUAAAACCUAGUGUUUGUCUUUCAAGAGGAAGUGUUGAAAAUAAAAGCUUUAUUCUUUUCAA